CCUCCCCUUUUGGCAGUCACAUGGGCGGUUUCUGCUCUCCCGUGACACUUUUGAACAAAUAAUAGGAGAACGAGGCGUGCCAUUGCUGCUGUGUUGUUAUUGGGCAGCACAUCUUUCACAGCAUCAACUCUGUGGACAGCUCAGUUCUGCCUGUCCGGCCUGCAGCGGUUACAUUUGACCGUCCACUGCGCAUCUGACCCGGUAGGCUACAUCUUCCACCAGAAACAAACCGCUGAGACAAGCAGAGAGAGAGAGAGAAACAGACUCAGUGGGCCACAAAAGAAGCAGGAAGUGCGUGAAACUGUCUCCGGAAGGUUCAGCGAGGGUCAGCAGACUGAUCCCAGGCUCUUCUCACCAACCAUGUCAAACGAACGCACCCCUUUGAUCCCCUCAGGGGUAUGUUGUCUGCCUGUGUGCGGCGCGGAGUCGUCCACCACCCCUGAAUCCGCCUCCGAGACACCAAGUAAAGACUCUCGAAAACUAAACACUUUUUUCGGGGUGAUGGUGCCGACCAUCCUCUCCAUGUUCAGCAUCGUGCUGUUCCUGAGAACCGGGUUUGUGGUUGGUCACGCGGGCCUGUUACAGGGUCUAUUAAUGGUGAUUGUAGCCUACACCAUUAUAUCUCUUACAAUACUGUCCAUCUGUGCCAUUUCCACCAACGGUGCUAUACAAGGUGGUGGAGCCUACUACAUGAUAAGUCGCUCUCUGGGCCCAGAGUUUGGAGGAAGCAUUGGUUUGAUGUUCUUCCUGGCCAAAGUAUUUGCAUGUGGAGAGUAUGUACUUGGUCUUGUGGAGGCGAUACUUGACGUGUUCGGUUCGGAUCCUGAGUCAUCUGUUUCCGAGGGGCUGCGGGUGCUUCCUCAGAGUUACUGGUACACAGUGCUGUACUCCUCAGUAGUCCUUCUGCUGUGUCUGCUUGUGUGUCUGGUGGGCGCUCACAUCUACUCCCGCACCGCCUUCGUCAUCCUGCUGGUGGUCACCGUAUCCUUGCUGUCCAUCUUCAUCAGUUCUGUGGCAGUCAAACCUCGUGAUUUUGUCAUCACCCACAAGGGAUCUGACAACCAAACUGUCCGCUACAACGCCAGCUACACAGGCUUCAGCGCGACCACUCUGAGGAACAACCUGGGCUCUGGUUACUCUUUGGACUACAGCACCAACUCUGUCAUGUCUUUUGCCACCGUGUUUGCCGUCAUGUUCACCAGCUGCACUGGGAUUAUGGCCGGAGCGAACAUGUCAGGGGACCUGAAGACUCCGAGUGUUUCCAUCCCUAAAGGCACCAUCACAGCCGUCUUUUACACUUUUACAGUCUAUGUCCUCCUCUUCAUCUUGGUCAGCGCCACAUGUGACAGAAACCUGUUGAUUCAGGAUUAUGGGUUCCUCCAGAAAAUAAACAUCUGGUCGCCGUUCGUCACCGUUGGGAUAUUCUGCGCUGCUCUGUCAGCUGCAAUGUGUGCUAUGAUUGGAGCAUCCCGUAUCCUCCACGCUCUUGCUCUGGAUCACCUCUUUGGUUUGCCAUUAGCUCCAGCUGCCAUCACAUCAAAUUCUGGGAAUCCGUGGGUGGCAGUGCUGUACACCUGGGGUCUGGCACAGUGUGUAGUGUUUGCAGGCCAGCUUAAUGCCGUAGCAAGUUUGGUGACUGUUUUUUACUUGCUUGCCUACGCUGCGGUUGACUUGGCCUGUUUGGCUCUAGAGUGGGCGUCGGCACCAAAUUUCAGACCAACCUUCCAGCUCUUCUCCUGGCACACCUGCCUGCUGGGCAUCCUGAGCUGUUUAGUGAUGAUGUUCGUCAUUAACCCUGUGUACUCCUCAGGCAGCAUCGUCCUCCUGUUACUGCUGCUGCUUUUCCUCCAUUACAGAUCGCCCACCAGCAGCUGGGGCUACAUCAGCCAGGCUCUCAUUUUCCAUCAGGUGCGCAAGUAUCUGUUGAUGCUGGAUGUGAGGAAAGACCAUGUGAAGUUCUGGAGGCCGCAGAUGUUGUUAAUGGUGGCCAACCCUCGCUCCUCCUGUCAGCUCAUCCUGUUCAUCAACCAGCUGAAGAAGGGAGGACUGUAUGUGUUGGGCCACGUGCAGCUGGGAGAUCUGGACUCCCUGCCAUCAGACCCGGUCCAGCAGCAGUACAACUUCUGGUUGAGCCUAGUUGAUAAACUCGGGGUGAAGGCCUUUGUAGACCUGACGCUGUCUCUCUCUGUCAGGCAGGGAACACAGCAUCUGCUGCGCAUCACAGGCCUAGGUGGCAUGAAGCCCAACACAUUGAUUUUGGGUUUCUAUGACAGCUGUACUCCUGAGGACUUCUUCCUACAAGAUUCUGCGUUCUGUGACUCUUCCAUUGGUCGGGGGAGUGAGGGCGAAUAUAAUUUUGGGGUUGAUUUGCCUUCAUUACAGGCCCAUUUUCCCCCAGUCCGACAUGUGGAGAGCCCACGCUGGCUAUCACCAGAGGAGUACGUAGGGAUAAUUUCUGACGCCAUUAAAAUGAACAAGAACGUGUGCCUCGCCCGCUAUUUCUUCCAGUUAGAGGGAGAGGGUAAAGAUAGCAAGGUGGACGGGCCAGAACGGACAAUAGAUGUGUGGCCUCUUAACCUGCUCCAGCCAGGCAGCCGUGAUUAUGAGGAUGUGUGCAGCCUCUUCCUGCUGCAGAUGGCCUGCGUCCUCAACAUGUCCAGCAAAUGGCGGCAUGCAAGAAUGAGAAUCUUCCUGAAUGUGGAGACUGAGUCUAACGACCAGGGCUGGGUGGUUAACGAAGAGACGUUCCGAGAGUUGCUGAGGAAGCUGAGGAUCAGGGCGUCGAUAAAGAUCGUUCCGUGGGACUCUGUGGUGCAGCACCACGUUCAGCCAGAUGGGGAGCUCCCUGCAGAGCCAACACAAGCUCUGUCUGAGGACUUCCUGUCCGCGGUGAACAGUAUGUUGAUGGAGCACAGCUCGCAAGCCACUGUUCGCUUCCUGUAUUUACCUCGACCCACUGGUCACCGCAGCCAGUCACAGCAGUACUUGGCUCAGGUGGAAGCAGUGACCAAUAGUUUGGGGCCAACGCUUCUGAUUCACGGUGUCACCUCAGUCACAUACACUGAUCUGUGAGCAUGUGCAGUCAUGGGUUUUGUUCAUUAAUAUUAAAGUUGCAGCAAAGUCUUAUCUGUGUAAGUAUAAACUCUUGUUACAUGUAAAAUGAACACAUAAUGUAAAGAAAAGUGGAUGCUAAGGUACAGUAUGUAGUAGCAGUUACUAUACGUUCACCUAAUGCAGCUUUAGUUGUUGUUUUACUAAAGCUUACAAAAGGACCACAGUCGAGUGCAUUUUCAAAAUUGGUCCCUUGAGGUUUUUGCAUUCAAAUAGGAUAUUUCCUAUUUAUAUGUACUUGAACUGGCUUGCUGAUUGAGCCAAGAAAUGGGGGAAUACUAACUUUUGUGGCCGUGAUUUCUGUCGACAUAACCUCCUGUUUGCAUUAGCUUUAGGCCUGUCUUUUCACAUGAGACAGAAAUUAGAAAUUUGUCAAAGACUUCUCAAAACAAAAACACAUUUUGUUUGGAGCAAUACGGGUUGUCUCAGACAUUGAAUAUAAAAUGUCUAUAUAUAUAUAUAUAUAUAUAAUUUCAGGGAUGGAAUUAUGAAUUUCUUUUGCCACAACAAUUGACCACAGUAAAAACUUAUUUUCCUGGUUCAGUUUCUUAAUAGUAUUGUGUUAAUACAUAAUAACUUCUGUAUUUUUGUUGCUUGUUUUUACUACAUUCUCACAUUUCUGCUGGUUGCUGGACCAAGUCAUCCAAAUACUUUUUCUUUCUAAACAGAUUUUUGAUUCCCAUGCUUUUCUGCAAACAUGACUUGUGUCUGUUACAUGUGCUUCUCUAGUCUUCACAAAGGGAUCCGUUACAUAUGUUUUACCUCAGAAUGAUGAACUGUAUUUGUUGCUAUUGUGCUAACCUAAAAAAAUAUAUUGCGAUUUUUGUUUUCAAAAUAACACCAAAAAGUGUUAGUGAUGGUCACUUUAAUCCAUUCUCAGUCAGGACCAGGAACAGCAAUGAUUCAGACCAAGGCCAGGUUGACACCAAAGUAAGUUGUUACACAGCAAUUAAUUUACCCUAUUUACAAAAUACAGAAUAAAAGAAAGUUAGAAUAAAGUUACUGCAUUCUUCUCACAUUUUGUUUUAUACUGUGCAACACUCACCAAAACAUAAAUAGGAAAUUGAUGAAAAGUUGCACAACCUUUUGGCAUGUUCUAUUUUGAGUUGUGGUUCUCGGUCAGUGAGAAAGCCUGAAAGGGCUGACUCUUGUAUACUAAUAGUUGUUACUUGUACAUAUUGUCAUAUGUUUAAAUAUAUGCCAAAUGUACUGUGUAUCUGUAUCUUUGUAACUGUAAUAUUGUAAGAUCUUAACAAAAAAACAUGUAUUUAAAAGAUUUCUUAAAUGCAAAGCAAUACAGAUUGUGUCUGUAUAUCUGAAGUGUAAUAGUGUAAAUAUUAAUAGAAACUCUGUUAUGCUACCCUGCAAAUUUGCUCCAUAGAUAAAAUAAAAAUGUCAUGCAAUAAUUGAGAAUAAAUAAAUGUACAAAAUAUAUCAUAAUUACAUAUAUAGUGUAUAGUGUAGCUCAUUUAUAGUAACCUCAAUACACACAUUUGAGGUAUCUGAGAAGUGGACCUACAGUGAAGAUAAUCUAUUAUAAAGCCCAUAGUCACGUGUAAAGUAAACAUUCAUGCCAGUAAGAACUUCAGCAUGCAGAUGCAGGCAAGACUACUCUUCCUUUUCCCCAAGCUUCUCCUUUUCCUUGCACACUCUUAUAUAAUAUUUGCUGUCUUCUGCGACAUUUCGUAGCUUUCUUAUGAGGAAUGGUGACAUACGAAACCAGUCCGGCAGGAGUAUUGCAAGAGCCAUGCCCUGUAGGAUGAUAGGAAAGAGAAGAUGAGACAUUAAUAUAUCAUAGCAGCUGACAGUUUGUAAGUGAUCACAGUCUCUCAUCUCUCUGACCUGGAGAGCGUGAGACAGACAGCCGCUGGUGUAGCUGGAGUGACCCACAGUGUUCAAGGCCUCACUCGCGAACCUGGAAGCACUCUUCGCAAAGCGGUUGCCACUCACGUUUUUCGUCAUGUUGGUGGACACCAUGAAGGGGGCCACACACUGGGGGGGAGAAAAUGACUGGUUGGACUAGUUAAACUUCCCUUUAUAUCAUACACAUAUUGCUGACUUUUAAAAGUGAUUUUCAGUUUUAGCACUGAGACUGACAAACACUGAGUCCAGUGCAGAUAUAUCUAAAGUAGGGUGUGUUUGAUGCAACCAUGCAGUAAAUUAAAAAAAGAGGAACAUAUAAAGGAAAAGGAAGUGAUUUCCUCUGUGUAAGAUCAAUAAAGUUUAUCUUAUCUCAUAACCUGAGUCAAUGAGAGCAGCAGAACAAACUGUUCUAAUUAAUUAUUGACUGCAUACACACAGAAACUUCAAAUGUACAGUCACUUACUUUGACAGCCAAAUUUAAGGAGAACAUAAUUCUUUUGUUUUCUGUGUGUGUUAUUCAGAUGGAAUGGUAUCUGGUCAAAAACAGGCUUUCAGGAUCUCAGACAUCUUUCUGAGAGGAUUACCAAACACAAAGCGUCCCCCCCCCCCCUAAUUGUUUCCAAUAAUUUUCAAUCAAGUGUCAUUGUUUUGAAGUAUCUGGAGUUACAACCUUUCUCUAUUCUUGUUAGGGAAUUUGCUUUCUGUGAAUUUCCGACUUUACCUUACGUCUCUGUUAGAGGCUUAUAAGGGUUAUGUUCUAUUCUUGCUUUCUACCCCUCACAUAACUAUGUCUUAUGUUACACGGUUUCCCAAUUCUAGUUGAGUUGAGUGCAUUAUUAUCUACUCAUUCAUUUAUGACCGACAUUUAUUUCUAGAGAAAUCUUUUGACAAGUUGUUUUGUUUUGGUAACGGGUUGAAAUCAUAUGUUGGUUCACUUUGUAAGAUGAUGAUUUUUGUAUAUUAUUAAAUUUCCUCCAGCUUGUGUA